GUGGGACAUGAUGGGCGGUGGGUGCCCAGCGCCUGCAGCUGCUCCGCGUGCUGAUGCCCGCGUGUGCCGCAGGACGGGGCUGAUCCCCUGCGAGAACACGCAGCUGGCGCAGCUCUCCAAGGAGAUGGUGACGCCCCUGGUCAACCAGUGGCCCUCGCUGGGGACGCUCAAUGGCAACGAGAGCGGCUCGGACGGCAAGCUCUACAGGAGGCACAGCUUCGUGAGCACCGACCAGCUCUCGGCCGAGAACAGCCUCAGCUCCGACUCCCAGCGCCUGGGCGAGGGCAAGCGCGAAGGCGAGCCCUGGGGGCCCUUGGGGAAGGACCCCACGCCCUCCAUGCUGGGGCUCUGCGGCUCCCUGGCCUCCCUGCCCAGCUGCAAGUCCCUGGCCAGCCUCAAGUCCAACGAGUGCCUGGUGAGCGACAGCAACGAAGCCAGCCCGACCCGCAGCCCCAGCUGAGACCCCCGGCCCCCUCGCCCAGCGCCGCCGCCGAGGACUGACCUCGUCCCCCUCCACCCUGGGACCGACGGAGGACGAGGGACUCGCCCAACCCAUGGGGGAGGCCGGGGACGGAGUCCUCCCCCCCUUCUCUGCACCCCACCCCGGCUGCGCGUUGGACCCCCAGCCUGGACCCCGGCUGGAGACGUGGACCCGUUGGGAUGGGGAUGCUGGAACGGGACCGGGAUGUGUCCGCGUGUGUCCCCCCCCCGCCUUCCCCCUGUCCAUCCGAGCUGGGGAGGAGGUAACGAACUGCGGGGACACCAGGGUUGUGCUGUGGGGUGCAGGAGGGGGGCUUGGGGUGAACCCCCCCUGCCGGGGCGAGGGUCCUGCGUGGCCCCGUUGCCAUCCCAAGGGCUCGAGGUGCAGCUCUUCCAGCCGGGCUUCGUCCAGCAGCCCCCUGCCUCAGCACCCAUGGGACCACCCGUCCCUCCUUGCAGCCGCAUCUCCACGACAGCGAUUGGACCCCCCCCCUCCUUCCCUCCCCAUUCCCCCCGGGUUUUGGGUUGUUUGGGGUGUUUUCGGGUUUUGGUUCAGCCCCAGCUUGCCUUGUUGGAGCGAAAGGAAUCAAUAAACGCAGCGAUACGAGCUG